AUGAUUUUCUUAGUCCACUUUAGCCUUUUCUUGCUGAUUCUCUAUUCAAAGAGUGCUUUGGCCUGUUUAGAUGACCAAUGCCGUAUCUUAGCAUUUCCAUCCACUCUGUUCUUCGUGGGAGAACGUCUUGUGGACCACACCAUAGCAAACAUCAGUGUGAUUGACAGGGACACGUGUGAAUAUAGUUGCUACCUCAACCAUAACUGUGUCAGUGUCAACUUUUAUUUUGGACCAAGCAAAGCAGGAAUAGAAAACUGUGAACUGAACAACUCGACAAGUAAAGAACAUGAUAAGGAUCUGGUGAAGGCAACCAACUAUGUGUACCAUGGAACAAGAAAUGCUUGUAGUCGUUCUCGCUGCCAAAACAACGCCAUUUGUCAGUCCGGUUUUACAAGCAAGGGAUAUCGAUGCUUAUGUUCUGUUGGAUUUGCGGGAGCUUAUUGUGAACAAGAUGUUGACGAGUGUAAAAAGAAAACUCACGGAUGUGAUGUUAAUGCCGAAUGCCAUAAUACCGAGGGAUCAUUUAUUUGUAAAUGCAAGGCUGGUUAUGUGGGAAAUGGUCAAAAUUGUGCAAAAAUUUCUGGCUGUGACCAAGAUCCAUGCCACAAUGAAGGAACCUGUAUCCCCCAAAGUAAAGGAUACAAAUGCACAUGUUUACAAGGAUUCAAUGGUGACCAUUGCGAAACAGGAUACAUAAAAAAUUCAGUUAUAUUGUCGAAAAAUGAAUCUUACUUCGCAUAUCUUCGUGAGUUCCUGAUUCCUGCCGUUGGAUAUGAUUCUGACUGGUUGCUUUGCUACCGAGCCUCUUCACAUGGCUGGGCAGGCGAUGCCUUCCACACUCGUUGCGAUGGAAAGAAAGAUAUGAUAACAAUUAUUCAGAAAGACCAGUAUGUUUUUGGUGGGUACACUGACAUUCCCUGGGCUUGUCCUCCGAGAGCAAGAACAGAAGACCCGUCAGGCCGCUGUUGUGUAUUUCCUUUCAAGUAUAGGAACCAUACCUACAACUACUGUACAAAGAGGGGCUCUGUUCUUGGAAGGUGGUGGUGCUCAUUCGAUGCUGUCUUCAAACAUGACUGGAAUUAUUGUGAUAAUGAUCCGUACAAAGGAUACCGUAAGACAGACAAGGCUUUUAUUUUUUCGCUGGAAAAUAAAGAAGGAUUGGCGCCGUUUAAGAGUAUGGUGAAGCAAGAUUCCCGAGCCAUUUAUAUGAAGAUAAGUUACGGUCCAACAUUUGGUGGAGGCUUCGAUAUUUAUAUCGCUAACAACGCAGGUCAUAAUGCUCAUUCGUACACCAACUUUGGUCACUCUUUCUUGGCUCCAAGAGAAGUAAAGGAAAAGGAUAGAGUGUUAGCUGGAGCUAGCCAUUUUACUCCUGACGAGGUAGAAGUGUUCUAUCUCUCUUAG